AUGAAAGAGCUUCUGAUACUUGUCUCCGUCUUCGCACUCAGCCACAAAUGUAACUAUCCAGCCACUGGUAGUGAAACACUGCAGAAUGCCGUACCCAUCAGAAACUUCCAUACUUCUGGAUUAGAUUUUGUCAGACCAUCUUGGUGCAUCACUCACUGCAAGGACAGGAAGUCAAUCAAAGCCGCUAUGGAUUUUCAGACAAAAGGGCAAAGGACUGACGAUGACGGUGAGCGACUUAGGGACUUCAUCCGUUUCAGAAGAAGUACACGGAUUCUAAGUGGCUUAAAUCAUUCAGACUUCUGUGCUGAUCCAGAUGUGGCUGCCAUAGCUGAUCAGGUCUUUCAGCAGUAUCAUACUGUAUCGAGUAUCGCUGAAGCUCUGAAUUAUAUGGUCAACAAAACCGGAUGGGCCUACCUAGUCUAUGAGAAAAAAAGAAUUCCACUGAUGUUCUCACAUCGGUCAACCUGGGCUAAUAUCUACCAGGUAUUCAUCACCGAUCCAUGUCCUUGUGAUGAGUGUGCCACUUGCCACUAA